AGUAGGUGUGUCCAAACUUUUGACUGGUACUGUAUAUUUUCAGAGUAGCUUCCCCAACACUGCUGACCUGUGACCAAAUGUUUUAAAAAAAAUGUAUGUCACAGAACCAGAGCAUCCAAGAAAAGUAUCCGAAGCACAGGGUCUGAUAAAUACAUUUGGAAUUUAACUGUUUUGGUUUUUGCUUUGAGUCAUUUCAUUUUAGUUGGCUAGACAUUACAACAUUAUGUAGGCUAAUUUAUCUGUAUUGAGUUCUAUGUUAAACCUACAAGCCUAUACACUACAGUACCAAUGUGCUUUACGUGACACCACUCAAUUCUUGGUUGGCCUUUAUGGAAAUUCAAAAUAAUCACAUUCUCCAUGUAAGAAUUACCUCAACCACACACAAAGAUGGCGCCGUACUGUAUGGCUGCCGUCUUUGCUAUUUUGUGAUUAUUGUUCCUUGUUUUAUAGUAAACCUACUACUUAUAUCGAUUACUGCAUCGUUGGGAAAGAGUUUGCAAGAAAGCCAUUUCACUGUUCUUGUGCACGUGACAAUAAAACUUGACAUUUGAACUCCUCCCCCUACUUUUUGAACGUCACCUGUGUACGCACCCAACACCUACAGGUAAAGGUGUAUGCAAAGGAGAACUGCGGGGGAAGGAAGAAUUAACGGUUGGAAAAAUUCCGGAUACCGCUGCUAUGGCCGAGUCUCAGCUUCUGUGCAUGGACGAAGAUCAUGUCAACGAAAAGAUACCCGAAUCCAAAGCAGAGUUCUACUACUGCGAGGAGCAGCGAGCCGCGCUCGAGCAACUAUUGAAGAACGGUGAUGGCGCGUUCAAGAUGCGACUGAAAGAGGACAACGUCAGAGACUUUCUAUCCGCCCGCGAGAUUAAAUGGAUUCGAAAAACUUUUGAUGAGUAUGAUUCCGGUAGUGAGUCCGAGAAGGGCGAAUACGAAAAGGCUCAGGAGUCCAAUGCAGACUCGGGGGUCCACUCCACAUACUGGCCUCAGAUGUCGGACACGGAUGUCCCGCCGCUUGACAUCGGCUGGCCAGGCAGCACUAGUUUCUAUAAAGGUGUCACUCGAGUAUCCGUUCAUACGCACCCACCCAAAAACAAGGGGCCCCAUAUAAAAGAGGUUGUCAGGAGACUCAUUCAAGAAUCUAACAAGGUAGUAGCCGUGGUCAUGGACCACCUUACAGACCUGCAGAUCCUUCAGGACCUAUUGGACGCAGCACAGAGACGAGGGGUGGCUGUGUACAUCAUACUGGAGGCUCGUGGUAUGCCCCACUUCCUGGAUAUGUGCACUCGUUUACAGGUCACUGCUCUGCAUCUACGGAACCUGCGUGUGCGAACGGUGAAAGGUUCUGGGCUGGCCCUGUCAUUUGGCAGGCUGCCCGGCUCUCUGUGCUCCAAAUACAUGCUGGUGGACGGAGAAAAGGUUAUGUUUGGCUCUUACAGCUUCACAUGGAGCUCCUCUAGGAUGGACAGAAACACCAUCACAGUAAUGUCUGGGCAGGUGGUGGACUUCUUCGACAAUGACUUCAGGGAAAUGUAUGCUGUAUCUGAGAAUGUGGACCUUUACAAGGAGUUCCACAUAACCAAGCCUCCCAUGCCUGCGCCGGUACGGAAGGUGGUGGUCCCCAAGCCCCUGUUGAUGUCCACCUCCCGUUUCCAGGUGUCUCUAGGGGACUCUCGUGGGCAGGCUGACCAGAGGGUGCCUGCACAUAAAUACCACAACCCUAAGUAUUCUCUGGUGGUGGGGAACAGUCUCGGGCUCACUGGGUCCUUACAGGACCUCUCCACACUCAGAGACUCACUGGGCGGUGGACUCGAACGGAACGGACUGUCGACGCUACUCCAUGCCAAAGGGGGCAGUAGUGUGGAACUGGACAUGGUCACUGUGAAGUCCCCCAGUUCUCCUGUGGAGGAUGAGGAGGAUGGGAAGGGAGGUUCGCAGAAGCACCAGGCCUUAGGUGGAAAGAAACAACGCAGUUCUUUCAGGCUGUUCCUGAAAGGCAGAGGAUCCAAUCACAACAGUGAGACUAUAGAGGAGGAUGGGGCCACUCCUUCAAGCCCCUCCUCCACCCGCCCAACCCCCUCCCCUAGCCGCCCAACCCCCACCCCUAGCCACCCAACCCCACCCCUAGCCACCCAACUCCCUCCCCUAGCCGCCCAACCCCCUCCCUUGCCCAUCGAACCCCCUCCCCUACACGCCCAAACCCCUCCCCUACCCACCUAA